AUGCUGAUAGCUGUAAUAAGAAGCAGUGUUCAGGUUCACCAUGGGAUGGUGUUGCUUAGUGAUGGAAAAGGUAAAGAAAGACCAGCACGAAUGGAACUUACCAAAGAUACCCUUACAAUACAGGUAUCGGCAACUUCAUCGGAUGAAGAAAUGCAACCAGAAUCAAGCGUUGAAUGUGAUACUACCAUUAGAAGUGUCAAAUUACGGAAGCAGAAAGAAGGUGGACUUGGAAUAUCAAUUAAAGGCGGUUCAGACGGAACACAAACUGAGCAGUGCGGUCAGUUAUAUGUUGGUGACGCAAUUGUUGAAGUGAAUGAACAGUCAAUCGAGGGAAAGACGCAUGAUGAAGUUGUGCAAACGCUUCGUGAUGCUGGAGAUGAAGUCGUUUUAAGUGUUCGGAGGCAGACUCAAAUUGCUCCUUUUAUGAAACCAACCAGUGCUUUGCGGUUGAGAAGCAAAAGCGCAUUUGACAAAAUAUAUGAGUCGAGUACGUGGAAGUCUUCGCUGAAGGCACAUUCGGACAAUGAGGUAUUAAAAGAUGCAGAUAGCAAACAAACCCUUGGCCGGAGCAAAAAUUUAGACGAUUCAUCUAGUGAGUGGAAAACGUUAAUAAAAAUCCCUCUUCCGAUGGCUUUUAUGACUCGAUAUUUAUGGGGUACUGAUAAAAUUAGAAAUAAUGCUUUUGAAGUACGGGCAGUAGACGGAACGUCGUCUGGAAUCAUUCACUGUGAAGACAAAAAAGCAUUAGAGCAGUGGAUCAAACAUAUUCAAAACCAUAUUACUUCUUUAAACUAUAAGAUUAUUAAAAUUUCGAAUAAAUAUUCUCAUAAAAGUGAAGAAAUAACUUAUAUUGGUUGGUUGAGCGAGAGACUACCGGAAGAACAUUUUGAGGACCCAAAACAACGUUGGGAACCAAGAUUUAUCAUUCUGAAAGGCGGACAGCUUUGCAUAUUUGAAUCACCACCACUGAACUCAGAAGAUCUGAACAGUUGUAUAUCAUUGUACAAAGUUUACGAUACAGCAUUUCGAACAUUGGAGAAGGAUAAACCAGGUCUGGAUAAAAGAACCAAUUGCUUCUGGAUAGAAACUUGUGUUCAGGGUGCUAAACAUUAUUUAUGCACAGAAACUCAGCAACAGUUUGUUCAAUUUGAACAUGCUUAUAAUCGGUGUCUUCACGCUACAAUUACUAAUAUCCAGACUCGAACCUUCGCUUGCAGUUAUGAGGGACGUCCAUGUGGUCUUGUAGUUGAUAUCAAGCAGGGGAUUAGUCUUUAUGACAUUCCUACAAAACGAUACAGCUGGCAAUAUCGUUUUUUGGAUUUGUAUUCCUCAUCAGACGACGGUAAAAUUCGCUUGCAGUUGCAGUUUCGAGACGAAAGAAACGGCCCAGAAAAUGAAAUAGUGACUAAGAAUAUUGAUAGCGACGAAGUUUUGACAAUAGUUUAUACACUGCAUGCAUUUUAUGUAACCAAAAUUAUUGCCACAGACCCAGAUUUUUUGAAGACGAUACCGUUGUGUUGA